AUGUUCAUGCACCCACCGCUGCUUCCACCCGUCACCUUCAUCCCUACGCAUAUCCCUCCACCACCACCUCCGCCUCCAGUAACCUCUCUGCCAAGACAUUUGUUAUUUCCGCCAAUACCACUGCCAUUUUAUAUUCGACCGCCACAGUCACAGCCGAUUAUUGCUAAUCAGACAACGAGACCUAUGUCGCCUCUGCCAUUUACUCUACCUCUAACGAUAACUCCAUUGAAGUCUGACAAGAAUAUGCGACGAAGGAGUAGUGGAUCAUCUGCGCAGUCAAUGAGCUGUGCUGCAAGCACAAGUUCAGCUUCAAAUUGUGAAGCGGUGAGGAUUUGA